AUAUGAAAUAAAACAAAUCAUAGGGACCCAGUCUUGGUCAUGAAUUAUCUGCCCUUUAAAUUCGGAAAGUACUGAUUUUUUUCAAGGGCAGAUAGUUCAAGAUCAAGCCUGGAUACCUAUAAUUUUUAAUUAAGCUUGAUUCUCAGUUAAUAUACAUAGUUUAAAAAAUUUUGUCCGUAGGAAAUAUUUUGCCUAUAUACAUAUAGAAAACUGUGCGAUAUGUCUUUAAUCAUUUCAACUCUCUGAUGCCCCCGACUACGUCCGCAUUUACCAAAGGGGUACCUUGCGACUUUCCUCCAAAAUUUCAGCCGGGAUUUUUUGUCGUAAACUAUUCAAAAUAUCCUCAGCUUAAACAUAAAACAUAUACAGGUGUUUGCACAAGCGUAUUGUUUUUAAAUUGUCAGAUUAAAUUACUGUCAGUGUUUUGAUACAAUCUCUAGGAGCAAACUAUGUGAGCUGAAUGAAUCAUAGCUUUAAUAUAUGAUACCUGCCUGCCUGUUACAUCCAGGCCAUUUGAAUUCUGGCACAGGUCGUAAAGCAGUGGUGGAAAUAAAAUAUGAACGACCACCGUGUGCCGAAAUCUUUUGAUCAUUGAGUAGUAGUAAAGUGCUUUUUAAACUUAGUGACUUAGUGUAGGAUAAUAUAAUCUUAUAAACAUUUAUUAGCUGGAAUUCCCGACGUUUGUAAUUUCAACCUUGCGAUCAUAAUCAUAGACAUAUUUCCGAAUUUCAUGUUUAUAAACGAUGGAUAUAAAUACAUUUUACGAGUACUCCGCUGUUAAAGGACUUGUGUUAUUUCUACUUGUGAUAUUGUUUGAGAAUGUGGUGGAGUGUAAGGGGUAUGGACACUACGUUAUGCACCCUGUUCCACAACGAAUAUGUUCAAAUGAAUGCACAAAGUGGGCGCCAAAAGAAUGUUGGGAUGGUUAUUUAAAAAGAAAAGUAUGGCGAAUGGUUUGCGAAAACCAACAAAUAAAAUGUUGCCCGGGGUAUGAGGGUCCGCAAUGUGAAAAAGAAUGCUUUAACUGUGAUCGAAUAAACGGUUUUGAAAGAAGAUUUAUUGAAAUUUACGGAAAAAUAAAAACCUUAGAAAACACGUGCACAAACCAGACUGUAAUUAUAAAUGGAAGUACCAAUAAUGGUAACACAGGUGAUAAAAUAACCCAAAACUGCACGUGUCCGGCUGGACCACGGGGCCCAAGAGGACCAGUAGGACCCCCAGGAAUUCCGGGCAGGCAAGGGUUCCAGGGACCCCAGGGACCAGCUGGCGAUCCAGGGCGUCCCGGUCUUCCCGGGACACAGGGGUUAGAUGGGCUAACUGGAGCUACCGGUCCGAGAGGUUUAAUUGGACUUCCGGGUACUACAGGAGAAAGGGGCCCUAAGGGCGAACCAGGUUUACCCGGAAGAAAUGGCAGAAACGGCCAGAAAGGUGAACCUGGCCUAAAUGGUCUGAAUGGACCUGAGGGUCCGCCAGGUUCCCCUGGUUUACCCGGUACUGCGAGUGCAAAGGGUGAACCAGGUCCGCCAGGCUUGCCAGGGCGCGAAGGUCGACCAGGGUUACGAGGAGAGCCAGGUCGAACCGGACAAAAGGGACUUCCGGGUUUUGAUGGACAGCCAGGACGAAAUGGAGUAAAAGGAGAACAAGGAGUACCCGGUUUACGUGGCGAAAACGGUCGAACAGGUCUGCCGGGACCAAAAGGUGAACGUGGUACUCGAGGACCCGAGGGACCUAUUGGUCCGCCCGGGUAUGAUGGAAGGCCAGGCGAAAAGGGAGCUCCUGGACUACCUGGUACUGAUGGGCGCCCUGGUGAUAUUACAAAAGUGGAAGAGAGCAGAAUUAUCCAGGAAAUGCAGAACACUAUACAGAAUCUCGUCACACGACUAGAAACAACCACACGAGAGGUUGAAAAGCUGAGGGUCACCUGUGACAGAGUCGUGGCUUGUCGCUUCAAUUGCACGGCGGACAGUUUUAGGUGUAGCUGUGGAAUGUGCAUACCUCAGAAGUUCCGAUGUGACGGCUUCCCUCAAUGUCCAGACGGAUCAGAUGAGAUAGAAAGUGAUUGUGAUUACAUCUGCUCAGCUGCUGAAUUCAAGUGUGAAUCAUCAGGUUUCUGUAUACCUCUAAAGGAAAAAUGUAAUGGUGUUCCAAACUGUGCCGACGGAUCCGACGAAAGUAGCAAAUAUUGUGAAACAAUAAACUGUAACGAGGGAAAUGUCCCGUGCAGGGAUGGAACAAAAUGUGUUGCACGAGAAGAAAGAUGUGACGGAAAGGAAGAUUGCCCAGACGGAAGUGACGAAGAAAACUGUGUUUGCCGCAGGGACCAGUUUGAGUGUGCUUCUGGGGGUCAGUGUAUAGCUAAGUCCAAUGUUUGUAACAGUAUACCAGAGUGUGCUGAUGGAAGUGACGAAUCUCAGGAUCAAUGUAGAAAAGAUUUGGUCUGUCCCGAGGGUCAGGUAGCAUGCAGUGAUAACACAGCUUGUAUAAACGAGAGACAGUUCUGUGAUGGUAUUCAGCACUGUUACGAUGGAUCAGACGAGAGUAAAGAAACGUGUGGUGAAAUCCCGCCGUCGCCGGAAACGCCGCCACCGCCGACACCACCGACGACAACAACAACCCCAUCAACGAAAGAAGUCACAACCACUUCAACAACGACGAAAAGCACAACGACAACAGUAAAAUCUACAACUACUAGCACACCUUCUACAGCAACAUCAACCAUGACAACUACAACAACAACAAAACCGGAACCGGAUGAAAUUGAAGGUUCUGGUGAAGGAGGCGUCCUUGAUCAAGAAACCUGUAAAGAAUUAUAUAACAGCUGGUAUGACCCUGACUUUCCGGGCGGAAGGCCUCCACCGCUGAGCCCGGAUGAAAAACUUACCGACGAACUAUGCAACCACAUGUUGUUUGUGGCGCGAAAAUCCUGCGAAACCGGAAAUAAUCAGGUACUAGUAAAUACAACAUUAUGCGAGUACAUAUAUACAUUUGAUCUGCCGGAAAUGAACACACGGCAGAAACGACAUAAACAUCACAAAGAUAAAGUCACUGAUGAUGAAGAAAUUAUGCAUAUGAUGAAGGACGAACCAGUCAGAGAUAUUGAAAUUAUUAAUGAUAUAUACGACAUUUCAUUUCAUGAACUAGACAAUGAUCAAAUUGUUGAUCAUUUUCAUCAGGUAGAAAUAGAACCAAAACCUCAAGCUGUGCAUGGUAGCCAUUCUGCUGGGUUGUUAGCCAAUCCAUUGUCAGUUUUCAUUGCAGUCACAUGUUGUUUUAUAGUAGAACAUAUAUCGAAAUUUGUAUUAUAAAUAAGUAUUUAGAUAAAUGCUAAAAUUGCUGCCAAUUAAUGAACGUCGGCAUUUGAAAGCAAUAAGUCUAGUUUUAAGAUUUUAAGUUAUUUCAUAGAAAAUGUUCUCUAUAUUGCGAAUUAUGAAAAUGAAGCAACUUCUGAUAUAACAUGAAAUUAUUUUGAAUAGUUUUAUCACCUACCUAAACUCUUGCUAAAUACUUACUAUAUACAUCGGUGAAAAGGGUUUGCAAAAUGAUAUCUCCUUAAAUUUAUUAUUAUUACCAACCUUUCAUUUUUAUUAUAGUUUAACAAAUUUUAACUUUGUCGUCUUUUUCUUUCGGCGAAACAAACGCAGUGUUUGCACACAAUAUGAGAAUUAUGACAGCUAAGGAACAUGUUCUUUGUUUUCUUUAGUAUCAAUAUUUACAUCUAAAUCUGCGAUGUGAUCUAUGCGUUGUUAAAACAAAUAUUGUAUUACCCUAUUGAUGAUGUUCAUGCAAACUAUAAUGUACAUGGUGAAAUUGGUUAGUACGUGAACAAUUCUCUGUACACUUGAUAACUUUACUGAUCGUGUAUUAAGGUAUUAGUCCCCUAAUAGUAAUGUUUAAAAAAUGGCAUUUGCUUGGUAUAUUCUUACAGUUGACCGCGCUUGGCACUUAUAUGCAAAUUUUUAAAAACUUUUACCGUGCCGUUUUUUAUAAAUUUUGUGUAAUUUAUAGUAUUUCCUAAAGCUCAAGUAGAGACAAAUUUCGAAGUGGCGGCCUUUAUCCAAAACGUUUGCAGAGAAUUCAUUAUUCCAUUAUUUUUUAUGAAAGAAACAUCAAACUAUUGGUAAACAAUCAUGAAACUUAAAAUAAAAACUUUCUAUAUCAUUUUUUCUAGGGUGCCUCGAGUAAACGGAUUUAAUCAGACAGAAUUCCAACUCAAAUAUUGAAAAAAUUAAGGUCGCAUCCUGGGGGUCUGUUUUGAAUUUUGCUCACUUCAUUCAAAAAUAACCUUGGGGUAGAAGUAAAACCUACCUACAUUUUUCCACAGUAUGUAAUAUAAAGAACGAAGGCAAAAUAGAGAACUUUUACCGCAUAUAACUCAUUAUUUUCAAAGAUGUCUAACUCUACCCCUUCUGUUUCAGAGGUAAAUUCACUUUGAAUAGCAAGAAAUCACAUAUCAAAUGAUUUUUUCCCACUUUUGUACAAUAAAUCAAUAACAAGUCUUGAAAGAAGUAAAAACUUACUAGAAAAAAGGAAAACAAGGGAAAAAAACCUUUGGUCUCAGUGGGGCUUGAACCUAUGCCCCCCACCACCCUCCCCUGAAAAUAGCAGUCACAGUAGGUUUAUGGUAAGAAUUGAAUACUCUUCAGAAAGGAGGUACUCUAUUAAGGGCCUAAUACCUUAAGGUAGUAGGUCCGCAAUCGUUAUCGACAAUUUCUAUUUGAUUACGUAAUCUCCGUAUGCGAUGCUGGUACGGAGAGCCACUACAGUAGCGGCCAACUUGAUUGUUUCCCGGCUUGUACGGAAAGCCACUACAGUAGUGGCCAACCUGGCUUGUACGGAAAGCCACUACAGUAGUGGCCAACCUGAUUGUUUCCCGGCUUGUACGGAAAACCACUACAGUAGUGGCCGACUUCAUUGUUUCCCGGCUUGUACGGAAGCCACUACAGUAGUGGCCGACUUCAUUGUUUCCCGGCUUGUACGGAGAGCCACUACAGUAGUGGCCGACUUGAUUGUUUCCCGGCUUGUACGGAGAGCCACUACAGUAGUGGCCGACUUGAUUGUUACACGGCUUGUACGGAGAGCCACUACAGUAGUGGCUGAUUUGAUUGUUACCCGACUUGUACGGAGAGCCACUACAGUAGUGGCCGAUUUGAUUGUUUGCCGGCUUGUACGGAAAGCCACUACAGUAGUGGCUAAAGAAUAUCGAAGUUGAACACGGAGAUUACGAAAUCAUGCGGAAACAGCCAAGUAUCAUUACGGCUCAAUCACCUAAAUUAAUUUCAGACUAAACUUGAUACUGAAUGGAAAUUGAAAAAUUCUAACAAAGUGUAAUGAAUAGAUAUGUUUAAUUUAUUUCAAGUGCUAAAUAUUUGCUUCUUAUACAUGGUCGUAAGUGUCGUUUACAUGUGUUUGAUGUUUUACAUAUUGUAUCUUUAUAAAAUAUAGCAAUAACUCAAAUUAACGAAAUCAGGGUUUACCUCUACUGUAAUGAAAUGAACAAACUAUUUCAUACGGAGAUAUAUUGCAAUGUCUGGAAUACUUCAUUGAAUGAUGUUACUAAGUGCUCUUUUGCGUUAAUUAUUUCAUAAUUUUGUGUACACAUUACAUAUGCUUGUCACAGUUGUCUUGAAUAUAGGCCAGUAUACAGUGUACAGAGUCCUGAAUAUUGAUAUUAUUGUUAUACAGUCGAUAUAUGUGUGUAUGUUAGACACGAGAAUUAUUACAUUGAAAUAUGAUUGUAUAUAAUUACUUUUCAAAUGAAAUUACUGUCAUUCGAUAACAAUUACGUUUUUUGGUCAAUUUCUAUCAUAUGUUGUUAGAUUUUUUUCUUUAGUAAUUGCUUACUUUCGAUUAAAAUACGAUACAAUUUCGCUUGUAAUACUUUCGAUAUAAAGUCUUAGACAAGCACAUAAAAAGUCUAAAAUAUCAUAUAUAUGGUGGAGGUAUUUAUAAUACAUGUACGUUACCGAGGUAUGUGUUACUUUUACAAGAGUCCAAAACAGGAAAAGAAUAUGGUUUUAUACAUGUAUUUGGUAACGUUUUAUCUCACAUUAUGUUUCAGAAAGUGGUUUUAUUUUGGCCAAAAGUGUUCUGUAGGCUCAGUCUUAUUCAAACUUCACCGUGAACUUACCUACUGAAAAUGUUUUCUGUAAUUUCAUUUAUAAUUUGAAUGUUUCCAUUGAGCUUGUGAGUUGCUGCUAGGUCAUUUACGGUAAUGUAUCUCAUAUAGAAUAAAUGACACGUGUAUAAUAUCUUAUGUGUUUGAAGCAUUAUAUAUUAUUAGUGUUUAAAUGUAUUUUUGUAGCUUAACUGUUCGUGCAAUUAUAUGAGGCAGUAUUAUUUUAUACCAUUACUCUUUUAUAAAAGUACUUUUAGUGAAAAUAAUUUACAUCUUCUUAAUAAAAGUACUAAUGUUUAUAA